CGGGAAAAUAUGUAAAAAGAAAUUUGUUAGGUACACCGUUUUGCACUUGGGUCGUAUUGCCAGGUAGGUAGGUACUUGAGUGAGCAGCAAGCGCCACGGAGAGCAAACUGUUCUGCUAGCCUAGUAGCCGUCUAUCGGCUGGCUGCUUUGGCUGCGUGCACAGUCUAGCUAGGUUGUGCUCAGCAAAAUAGUCGUCCGUUUCGGUUCUCAGACGGUUAUCGUUAUCCGAUCUGUUAUCGUGCGGUGUUAUGCUGUUGCAAUAAAUCCCAACAAUAAUAAUCGAAUCCAUGUAAACAUGAGUCUUGAUGAGGCGCGGGUUACGCUCAGGUACCGCUAGUACGCGCAUAAAAAUGUGAAGUUUCAGAUUUCUUUCUAGCUUGCUAAGGGUGUAUGAGAUAAAUCUAUUGUUCGAGGACUCUUGCUAAUACUCAAAUCGUCAGUUAGGCUUAUAGAAAUUAAGAACUAUGCAACAAUGUGGGUUUUGUUCAAUGUUAUCCGGCCUUUUGAGAAGAGCAAUGUGUGUUGGAAGCAGACGUGGUAGUAGUGAAUCUUACUACAGGGAGUUGGGAGACCAGGACACAUUGAAAAUCGAAGAUAAGUCCUCGGAGCUCUCCGAUGAAUCAGAGGAAAUAAUCCCCGAGCCGCCGCAGCCCGCCGCCGACGUCUCAGAGGAGCUGGCUAACAUGAGUCCUCGCGGCUUGUGCUCCGGCCGGUUCCUCACCAUACACAAGCGCCGCAAAAAGAAGCUGCUCACGCGGUCCCUGAUCCGAGAGGCUGCACUCCUGGACGACCUCCAACUCGGUCAAGUGCAGUGCAUCCUGAAUCAGUCAGUCCAGUGGAGGUUCAAUGCAUUUACCUUAGAGAACGUCUCCGGGGGGCGUUGCUUGCCAGUGCUAUGUGUUCAUCUGUUCCACAUCUACGGGCUCCUGACGCAUUUCAAGUUGGACGCCGCGAAGGCCUGGAAGCUGUUCAGCCUGAUCGAAGAGGGUUAUCACAGCACAAACCCCUACCACAACUCCAUUCACGCGGCUGACGUCACACAGGCAAUGCACUGCUUCCUGCAGCAGAAACAGAUCCGUGACCACCUGGAGCCGCUGGAGAUAAUGGCCUCCCUGCUGGCGGCCAUAGCUCACGACAUGGACCACCCUGGAGUCAACCAGCCCUUCCUCAUCGCCACAUCUAACCAUCUCGCCGCCUUGUACCGAAACACCUCGGUGCUGGAGAAUCAUCACUGGCGCUCGGCAAUAAGCUGCCUCAUCGAGAGCGGCUUGUUGGACCAAGUCACGGAGAUAAGAGCCAUCCUGGAGCACCAGAUCAGCUCCCUCAUCCUUGCCACCGACAUCACUAGGCAGCAAGAAUACCUUAGCCAGUUCAAGAAUCACUUGGACACCAACACGCUGGAUAUGACGAAGAAGGAGCACCGGCACUUGGUCCUGCAAAUUGCGCUAAAAUGCGCGGACAUAUCCAACCCGUGCCGCCCCUGGGAGAUCAGCCGCAAGUGGAGCCUCAAGGUGUGCGAGGAGUUCUUCCGUCAGGGAGACUACGAGAGGAAACUGAACCUGCCGGUGACAGCCCUCUGCGACAGGCACACCACCUCUAUCCCGAAGAUACAAACAGGGUUUUUCAAGUUCGUCGUCACGCCACUGAUAACAGAAUGGCACAGAUUCCUGCAGAACGACCUAUCGGCACAAAUGCUAAAGAAUCUGCUAUACAACCAAAGCAAGUGGGAGACACUGGUUGCACAAGAGCUGGCUGAGGAGACGGGCACCGAGAUAUCCGACGCGGACAUGGUGGACGAUGAUCUAGAGACAUGUUCCGGGACCAACAUAUCUGACAGUUCCGAACUCCUCCUGCCUCUGCGCAGAAGCUCACUUAACCCAGCGAAGCAAGUGCGGCUCAAAGACCAGCUGCGUCGGUUCUCUGUGCCGUUGAACGUGUUCCAAGAUUCCAAAUACAAGCGGGACAAAGCCAGGGCAUUUUCGACAGAUCCUCAAUGCCAGAGUAGCAUGCAGAGCCCUGACGGCAGCGAACACUCCCUGCACUCUCAGCUCAGCGUGAGGGGUCAUUGCGAGCACCAACGACCGAAUUCCGAGAGGGUGCUGAGCACAGAGAAACUGCUGCCCGACUCCUCCAUAGCCUCAAUAACAACACCGAUUCAAGCUACCCGCUUAAACACGGUUCUGAAGGACGGUUGUACGUGGAAGUUGAUUCGCCAACAGACUUUCCCGCCACUGGAGUCAGCCGCGCGCGCCAUGCAUAACCAUCACAUGGACACCACCAGCCAAGAAGACUCGAUGUACCCGUCUCGAUUCCGUUCCGAAGUUUGGAUCAGGCCCGACGCCGUGAGAAGGGACGGAGGCUUUAGUAAUUUAUUCAGGAGGAACGAUUCUGAUAAGACUGAUAACGGUGAUGCCUCGCAGAACAGUAAUGGUGGCACGGAACCUAAGGAGAAGGAAAACUUGGAUCCGUACGUGCGACGGGAGACCUCUGUGGGCAGUCAGCUGCGCGACAAUUUGACGGCGAUGCAUCACAGCGUGCUUAGCACGGAGCAAUUGCAGCGUCGCAGGAAGUCCAUGCCGGCUGAAACUGUCGCUUACAUACCAAAGGAAAAGAAGGUGCGCGAAAUGGCUACCGCAUUGCCGCAGUUCCUUAGGCGGACUUUGUCCAGCAAAGAUUCUUGGACGCGUCGCCGCGGUUCUGCCCCCUCCCCAGUUGCGCCCUCCGAGUUCCGCGGCCUAACCGCCUUGGGGGCACUGCGGCAUAGUAUCAACGGUGGUCGCAGGAAACCGAACCCCAUAACCACCUGCCAGCAAUGGCUUGCUAAAGCCACGUACAACGUGCAGGAACGCAGCCAGCAGCUGCCGCGAAGGAGCUCGCUCCCAGUCGAGGUGCUUACAGGUAUAUAAUUCGAAGGAGGGCAUGCCUUCAUCUCACUCCAAGUAAUCAUGCGAUUUAAAGUGGGAAUGCUCAAAUUUCGAUUGUACCCCCACCCCUCGUAGCUUCGAGGGUUGCGUCGAAUGCGCCGAAUAUCGUCACACGAUCGUCGCAAUUCGACGCACUUCAGGUCAAACCAAUUUUGAAUAGUUAUCGUGUACUGUUAAUGGAAGGCGACGGAGAUAUCAAGACGGUUCGCAGGCGUCAGGUGGAAAGCCAGUCCUGGCCCCUACUUGCUUGGUCUACGAAUAAUACAUAUAAUAAAUGAUUAGGUUAAUAGUCAAUGUUUAGACAAUAGAUGCAGUUACAUACAUACAUACAUAUAUAUAACAUAUUGACACCCCGUUAAGAUGGUGAAUUCCCCACGUGUUUACUAACUGUGAAUUGUUCCCCGAUGUAUGUGCACCUCCCGUUGUCUCUAUCCACUGAUGUGUCCCGACCGUCUCGUUGAAUUUAGCUCAAUAAUAAAUAUUACCUACGUAGAACUAAAUAACAUCUCUCAUCUUGUGUAAUUUACCCUUUUUCUAAUAGUAAUUUUACACUGUUUGUGGCCCCGACUUUUAACCAAUUUUUAACCACUGUAUACUUCUUGUAAUAAUAAUAAUUACUAUAAUAAAAACUUUAAUAUAGUUUAAUAUAAUUGUAUUGUAUACAUUUACAUUUAAUAAAUGACAAAACGCUAGUUUUCAUAAAUAUUCUACCAUAGUACAAAUUAUUUUUAUUUUAAUAUUUUAAUUGUGAAUUUAUUUGGCCUUUUCGAUAAAGGAUUGCGUUGAAUAGAUUCUCUCCUUUUAAAUAAAUGUGAAUUAAUAUAAUAUGCGAUGUACCAAUGGGAAAGAUUCAAGCGAAAGUUAUAAACAAGUUGUUGUUAGCAGCAAAAAUAAUCUGAGUCUCAUAAUUAUUUAACUUAGUAUUCGGAUGAAAGUUAAAAUAGUCAUAGUUUUAAGUAUUUACUUACUUGCGGGGAGCCAUUGCCGAGUAGUCGCUCUUUUUGAGCGAACGCUGUAUUGUGGUACAUUGUUUAUUUUAAAUUUAUAUUGUUCGUUAAUUAAGACAAAAAUCACAGUAUUAAUUGAGUACUAACUUAAUUGAGUAUAACACGAUUGAUUUCAUAAACGCAUAAUAAUUCAUAGAUGGAUAUAUUUUUUAAAUUUUGUAUUAUAAGUAUUGUUUAGUAAGAUUUGUUCAUAUCCAGUGGCAUAGCAGGUCUCUUGUAAAGCUUAUGAAGUGAUUUCUUCUAUUUUACUUAUUUUUUUUUAUAAACGUAGGUUUGUAAAGACGUAAAUUUACGUGCACAGCACACUUUGCGAAUGAUGAUAAUAUUAUGUUAAUUAGUAAAUUUAAAAUUUGAUGUUCUUUAAUGUGCUGAAAUUUUGAUCAACAACAGACUCUUUUCAAAAAUAAUUUCUUGGCGUUUAUGAAACGCUUCUCAAAGAUAUUGUAUAAAGUUCCAAUGGUACCUAAUGACUUUGGCCCUUGUAAUAUUUGUCAUAAUAAAAGAUUUUUAUAUUGUGUAAUUUGUUUUUCGUUCGUUAGUACUAUUUAGUUAGGAUGCAGUGCAAAGAAGAGUAGAUUUCAAUGUCCAUAAUAGUUAAUCUCAAAAAUAAAAGAAAAAUAAAACAAAAAAAAUAUAUAUGUUGCAAUUGAAAUUUCGCUGUAAAUAAAUUGCUUGAAACCAAAAUGAGAAAAUAAAAAUAAUAUAAGAUUGCAUAACAGAAAAAGAUGUCGUAGAAAUAUUUUAAUCACUUUUUAUAAUAAUUACUUAAAUGGUACAACAAACACGAAAAAAAAAAAUAAAAAAAAAAUAUUUUCUUGCCCAGGACUGGUGUAACAACAGGUUGAUAAUGAAAGACACGUAAUAUAUAAUAUUCAAUAAAUAAUCGCAAAUUCUUGAUGCUUAUCCGUGUAAUGUGUCUCCUCUUCUUUGUAUUGUAGCAAUGUUUAAAGUAAGGUAAGUUUAUAGCGAGUACUUGUUCACUUUGAUCUAAUUGUGUUGUAGGCUUAACACCGUGUUUCUGAACAGAUGUAACCAAUUCUUGUAACGUCACAAACCCGCUGAAUCUAGUCGUUGAAUCAUCAAGCGAUCUGUAUAGCUUUACAAUAAUGAGGAACAAUCUGUCCUAUAUAUACCAUUGUAUGAUUCUUACUUGUCUCAUUUAAGUUAUACAAGUCUUGAUCCCAAAUAAAAAUAUUACCAAUAUUAAUGAAAAAAAAAAAUUUUUUUUUUUGCUGAUCAAACUUCUUUUUAUCAAAC